CCUGUUCCUUCCCGACGAGCUUCCUCCAUUGUCAACUCAACCGCUGCUCCGUCCCGGAGUCCAUUGUGAAGUUCAUCGUUCCUCCCCUCCGGCUUCACACUCCACAACAAAAACUGAACCUCACAAUGGCUUCUAACCUCUCCUUCGUCCUCAACAAGCCCAACGAUGUCACCUUCGAGGAGCGGCCGCGGCCGCAGCUCCAGUCACCGCACGACGUGCUGGUAGCCGUCAACUACACGGGCAUCUGCGGGUCGGACGUGCACUACUGGGUGCACGGCGCCAUCGGCCACUUCGUGGUCAAGGACCCGAUGGUGCUGGGCCACGAGUCGGCGGGCACGGUGGUGGAGGUCGGGUCGCAGGUCAAGACGCUCCGGAAGGGCGACCGCAUCGCGCUCGAGCCGGGCUACCCGUGCCGCCGCUGCGGCGCCUGCCUCUCGGGCAAGUACAACCUCUGCCCGGACAUGCAGUUCGCCGCCACGCCGCCCUACGACGGCACGCUCACGGGCUUCUGGGUCGCCCCGGCCGACUUCUGCUACAAGCUGCCGGACAACGUGUCGCUCCAGGAGGGCGCCCUGAUCGAGCCGCUCGCCGUGGCCGUGCACAUCGUCCGGCAGGCGCGCGUGCAGCCCGGCCAGAGCGUGGUGGUGAUGGGCGCCGGCCCCGUGGGCCUGCUGUGCGCGGCCGUGGCGCGCGCCUUUGGCGCGAGCAAGGUGGUGUCGGUCGACAUUGUGCCCGCCAAGCUGGAGUUUGCGCGCGCGUAUGCCGCCACGCACACGUACAUGUCGCAGCGCGUGUCGGCCGAGGAGAACGCGCGCAACAUCAUUGCCGAGGCGGACCUGGGCGCCGGCGCGGACGCCGUGAUCGACGCGUCGGGCGCCGAGCCGUCGAUCCAGACGUCGCUGCAUGUUGUCCGCAUGGGCGGCACCUACGUCCAGGGCGGCAUGGGCAAGGCGGAUAUCACGUUCCCCAUCAUGGCGCUAUGCCUGAAGGAGGUGACGGCGCGGGGCUCGUUCCGGUACGGGAGCGGCGACUACAAGCUCGCCAUCGAGCUGGUGGCGGCCGGCAAGGUGGAUGUCAAGAAGCUCAUCAAUGGUGUUGUGGCUUUCAAGGAUGCCGAGGAUGCGUUCAAGAAGGUCAAGGAAGGGCAGGUCAUCAAGAUCCUGAUUGCAGGGCCGAACGAGAAGGUUGAGCAGGGCAUGAACACAAGCGUGGACGAGAAGAAGCUCAGCCAGGCGCAGGCGGCGGGUAGCACCGGGUGCUGCUAAGGAAAAGGGGGGGGGGGGGUAAAAAAUGGUGUACUGCAUAUGAAACGACAUGGAUGGUGUGUGUGGUUGAACGGCGUACGGGGCAUACGGGUCGGGGUGGGGUGAGCAGUUUUUCAUU